AUGGAUCUAAUUGGUAAGUUUAAUCCCCAUUCAUCAAAGGGUCAUCAUUGGAUUAUUCUAGUUACCGAUUACUUUACUAAAUGGGUAGAAGCCGAGGAAUAUGUAUCGGUAACUCAUAAUACCGUUAUACAGUUUUUGGAGCGACAUAUCUUUCACCAAUUUGGAUUACUGGAAACAAUUAUUGCCGAUAAUGGAGCUGUUUUUCGAGCAAAUGAAGUAUUACAACUCGGCAUUGAUAUGCAAGUGAAAAUGGUUACCUCGAUACCUUAUUAUGCUCAAGGGAAUGGCCAAGCAGAAGCGUCAAAUAAAGUUGUGAUUGAAAUUAUUGAAAAGAUGAUAAAAGACAAGCCGAGGCGUUGGCAUGAGGCCCUUUCAGAAGCCUUAUGGGCUUAUAGAAACUCAAAAAGGACAAGUACAGGGACAACUCCAUAUCGGCUAAUGUUUGGUUAUGAUGCAGUGUUGCCGAUGGAGUUAAACGUAAAAUCGGCAAAGGUUGCCUUGCAACAUAAUCUUAUUCCUGCCGAUUAUAACGAAGCUAUGCUUGCCGAGUUAGAAGACUUAGAUGAAGUCCAGAAACUUGCUUUGGAUCACCUUAUAAUGCAUAAAGCAAAAGUCAUGAGGGCUUACAAUAAAAGGGUGAAGUUCAAGUCAUUUGCAGAGGGCGAUAUGGUUUGGCAAACAGUUCUUCCACCUGGAAAGGUGGAUAGGGUCUAUGGCAAGUGGUCACUUACUUAG